AUGGUGCAGCUUUUGGAUUUACCAGAUGAGCUAUUGUGCAUGGUAUCUGACUACCUGGACGAUGAAUGCACAAUCAGUGUGCUCCUUCAAGUGAGCAGACGCUUCUACCUUGUCCUCAGCCCCACCCUCUACCGAUUCAACGUGCGUGUCUCGUUCGGCGAUGCCCUCGCAUGGGCCGCCGCGAAGGGAAACGAAACAACAGCACGAUACGCAUUGGAAGCUGGGGCUUCUCCAACCAUCCCUGCCAGCAAUGAUCGGCUUCCGAUGGCCACCGCUUCCCUGCUGGGCCAUGAAGCUGUCGUGCGCCUGUUGCUCGAUCGCGGCGUCGACCCUAACCGGCCAAGUCAAAUCAAGGGCCAAUCUCAAGGGCCUCCGGGAGCCGUCGAUCAUUAUGAGAGCUCUCCGAUCUCGAUGGCUGCGAGCGGUGGUCACGAGAACAUCGUUAGGCUGUUGUUGGAGCAUGGCGCCGCUCCGGAUGUCCGUUGUUGGGUACAUGAAGAACCCGAUCAGGUCUCACCCCUAUCCCUGGCAGUCGAGAGAGGCCGUCUUUCUAUUGUCAAGCUCCUCGUAUCCCUGGGAUGUGACAUACAUUUCCUGGGGCCGCACGGAGAGGGUCUCCUCGCUGAUGCUGCGUCCAAUGGCCAUCUCGAGGUUGUCCGGUUCUUGCUGGAGACGAGCCCACUGUCCGACCCCCCUAGAGAGGGCAUCCUGGCACUCUAUGAAGCAGCCAGAUGCGGUCACUCAGAGAUUGCUGAACUUCUCCUAGAGCAUGGUGUGAUUCCGACUCCAGGUGUAGGAGCCGGUCGCCGCGGUCCGCUCGGUCCAUUGGUUGUGGCUGCACUGAGAGAAAACUACGCUGUCGCUGAACAGCUUCGAAAGUAUAUGGAACUGAACAGCUUCAUCGUCCACGGCCAACCCGACGAUGAUGCACACAGACACCUUCUCCUGGUAAGUACAGCGUGUGGCUGGAAAGAACUGAUGGGUAAGUUGAUGGCUGAAGGCUGUUCCUUGAAGUUUCCUCAGGAUGACGAUGCGCAUUGGGGUGUCCAUGAAAAGCACCCGGUCCGAGGCGCUUCCCCGGAGCGUCAUUGGCAGGAUCUAACGCAUUUGGCGUUAGCAGCCCAUCGGGGCCGUCAUGAGAUUGUUGAGCUGCUGCUUAACUUCCCCCAAUUCCCCCAGGAUCUGCUAAGUGAAAACGAUCCAAAUUCAAAAUCCUAUCCCCUCCUCUUGGCAACUGAUGGCGGCCACAGACAGAUCGUUAGCACACUCUUGAACCACCUCUGUCCGCACCAACGAUUCGACAACAUGGCUACAAUCAUCUACAGAGCAACUUACGCCCCCGAUGUCCUACAGGUGCUACUCGAGCAUGGUACACACCACCAACUGUACGCGAAAGACCAGGAGGCGAUUUUUGCGAAUGCGUUGAGAACUGGCAACCUAGCCACCGUUGAGAUGCUCAAGGAAACAUUCACCUUCAAGAACUUCUCGCACGAACGACCCCGAACAAAGCUAUUUAUUGAGGCGGCCGCUAUCGCCGGGCCCCAAAUGGUAAGAUACCUUCUGCGAAGCGGCUUGCCCGUGAUGGCCGAGAGCGACGAGGUUGAGAAAGCCUUGGUAACGAUCCUCUCCCGUUCUGACACGGAGUCCCUGCGUCUUUUAUUUGACCGAAAGCUCGUCGGCAGGUUGGUCGUGAACGGCUGCGGACGCCGGGAGGACAGAAGAUGUCUGCUGGCUCAUGUGGACUCCCCAGGCGAAAACUGGGGUGCUGCAGACGCGACUCUGGACAUGCUUAUCGAACACAGAGUCAGGCUCGACGGGGGCAACAGGCCCCCUCUCUGUGAUUUGAUCAAGAGAGAGUCGGUCAUGACGGCCGUACUUCUGCUGCGUCGAGGUGCAGACCCUCUCCGGGAUAAGGACCGUAUCGAAGGAGGAAAUGACGAGACUCCUCUGGAGAGAGCAGCUCGUCAUGGGAACAAGCAGCUGGUCCGAGCCAUGCUUGACACUGUGGAAUGGCAGGACGUUGACCUCCACCGGCUCUUCUCGGUGCUGCACAAGGCUUACGGAACCGCUAAUUUCAAUGUGCAGCCACUCUUGCGCCGGUUCAUUUGGCGCAAGAGGUAUCAGCACCUGUAA